AUGCAUAACCACCGCCAAAUCGACCUCAGCCUAGGUCUCAAAAAUACUCACGUUCUAGUCACAGGUGGCAACGGAGCAAUAGGACAAGUCAUAGUCGAUGCAUUUUUACAAGCAGGUGCCAGAGUCUCUGUCUUUGAACUUGUUCUCCGACAUGAAAAACAUUCAUCAUCUCAAGUCCUAACCCAACUCCCAACACCAACAACUACCCCUCCAAUCAUGUCCACGUCUCCGGUAUCCUCCUCCACAUCAUCCUCAGACCCAAUGCCCCCAAUUCUUUUAGAGUUUGAAAAUGAUCAGCCGCCGAGCGAACAGUUUAUGGAGUACCGUGUUGAUGUUUCACAACCGGAGCAGCUUGCACGCGGGUUUGCAUUGGCUUCUGCUCAUUUCGGUCUAAUUCAAGUGUGUGUGACAUGUGCGGCACAGGAUCUUUCGUAUCUGACGCAUCACACGUCACUAAUUGACUUGCCAUUUUCGCAAUGGCAGCAGACGUUUAAUGUGAAUGUGCAUGGGACAUUUUUGACGGCACGAGAAUGGUUACGACAAGUACGUGAUGGGGCAGAUCAAAAUACGAAAAACCUCUCGCUCGUUGUUAUUGGAAGUGAAUCGGGAAGAUUUGGUGAGCUAGGAAAUGCAGAUUAUGCAAGCGGGAAAAGUGCAGUACAGUAUGGAUUGGUCAACAGUUUGGUGAAGGAUAUAGUUCAGAUCCAUCCGCGAGCUAGAAUUAAUGCUGUUGCACCAGGACCCGUUGAUACAGAAAAGUUUCAUGAAGAAUGCGCAAUGAAUCCUAACCAAUAUUAUGAAGACUGUCAAGCAACCACCGCAAUGAAACGGCCAACAAGUAUCCAAGGGGUUGCUAAAACGGUUCUUUUUCUUGCAAGUGAGAACUGGAGCGGGGACAUUACAGGACAAGUCAUUAAUGUAGAUGGGGGGAAGAAUGGGAAAUUGUUUUGGAAUGAUUGA